GCAGCGAGGCGGGCGGGAGGAGGAAGAAGAGGAGGAAGAGGAGAGGAGAGGAGAUGGGGAGGGCUCGCUCCAUCCUCUCGCACCCACCGAAUCCACUUCUCACAGCGCGCGGGGCUGCUGGCGGGAAGGCACGAGAGAAGAGAGAGAGCGCGCGAGAGAGAAGAGAGAGAGUCGAGAGAGUGAGGGAGGGAGGGGGGAAAGGAGUGUGUGCGCGUGUGUCUCCGUGUGUGUGCGCGUGGAUUGCACCACCACCGCAUCCCCGCUUCUUCUUCUUCUUCUUCACCGUUUUCUGCAGGCGGCCAUGCUCUGAUGGAGAGAAUAAAACUGACAAACCUUUCUUUCCUCUCAGCUUAUCCAGCCGCCGCUGCAGCCGCCGUGUCAUCAUCCUUCCAGAUGUGACCGACGGGUCGGUUUAUGUCGCCCGCAUUGAGUUCUGAGCCGUUCACCUCGGAGAGACUGACUGUGACACCAUGGCUUUGGUUAUGGAGCCUAUAAGUAAAUGGACACCAAAGCAAGUGCUGGACUGGAUGAAAGGUCUGGACGACUGUCUCCAGCAGUACGUGAAGAGUUUCGAGCGGGAGCAGAUGGGAGGAGAGCAGCUGCUGCACAUCACCCAUCAGGAGCUGGAGGAGCUGGGUGUCACCAGAAUAGGACAUCAGGAGCUCAUCCUGGAAGCUGUCGACCUGCUCUGUGCCCUGAACUACGGCCUGGAGACGGAGAACCUUCGGACUCUGUCUCACAAGCUGAACGCUUCAGCGAAGAACCUCCAGAACUUCAUCCUGGGCCGGCGGAGGGGCGGACACUACGACGGACGAGCUUCCCGGAGACUACCCAACGACUUCCUCACCUCGGUGGUGGAUCUGAUCGGUGCAGCCAAGAACCUGCUGGCCUGGCUCGACAGGUCUCCGUUCGCCAGUGUGACAGAGUAUUCAUUACUGAAGAACAACAUUGUACAGCUCUGCCUAGAAUUAACCACCAUCGUACAACAGGAUUGCACUGUGUAUGAGACAGAGAAUAAGAUUCUCCAUGUGUGUAAGACCUUAGCGGGGAUAUGUGACCACAUCAUCUCUCUGUCGUCAGACUCUCUGGUCUCUCAGUCCGCCCAUCUGGAAGUGGUCCACCUUACCAGCAUCAUGCCCAGUGAAGGGCUGGGGAUGUAUAUCAAAUCGACCUAUGAUGGACUCCACGUUAUCACCGGAACCACAGAGAAUUCUCCAGCGGACCUGUGUAAGAAGAUCCAUGCAGGGGACGAGGUGAUCCAAGUCAACCACCAGACAGUGGUGGGCUGGCAGCUGAAGAACCUGGUCAACGCUCUGAGGGAGGACCCAUGCGGAGUCAUCCUCACGCUGAAGAAAAGGCCCCAGAACACCCUGAGCUCCACGCCGGCUCUGCUCAGGAACGUACGCUGGAAACCACUGGGCCUGCAGCCGAUCCCCACCAGCCCCACCAGCACCUCACCUACACCCGGCGGAACUUUGGGUAUGUCCAAAAUGGACGCACCCAGCAUGCAGGACGUCUACAUCCUCUCCCCCGUCUCUGGACUCUACAGCACCAGGGAGGAGCUGGGUCUGAUGUCAUGCGACGACAUCAGCCGCUACAGCGUGAGCUCCCAGUCCGGCUCCAAAGGCUCAGAGGCAGUCAGCUACUACCUGGACCAGGACAGCGGUCAGUACUUCUCCUUGCUGGAGGGAGACGGACCCCCAGGGCCCGACUACGACAGGGGCCGCAAUACGGGGGUUCGCCGGCGGGACAAGACCCCGACCCACGGUGACCUCAGGCCUGUUUCCAUGCCUCCCGAAUAUAACUGGAUGGCCGAGGCCAAGGAACCCAGCAUGGGCAAGAGAGGGAGCCGAGAUUCAGACAACUCCCUGCUGCGUUACCUUAGCGACGACAAGAUCCUGGUGAUCGAGGAGGAGCCCGAGGUUCCGGGCAGAGAGAGCCGGCGGGAUUCCACCAGACGCUCCCGGCGCAAGAGCCGCAAUCCCAGCAGCCCUAGCUUUCCCAUCAGCCCUUCCAUGCUGUCCUCCACCCUGCGCCUAGACCAGCCGCCCGAGCCUUUGCCUCGAGCUGUGGACACACUGCGAGCAGACACAACAGACAGGUACUCCGGCUCAGGAAGCUCAGGAGCUGCCUCCAUGAGGAAGGUAGGACAGCAGUCUUUCCAUUACACCUCUCUAAGAACGAAAACCAAAAAGAGAAGUAAAGGUUCCCUCACUAGUGCCAGUCGAAGGAGAAUUUCCUGUAAGGACCUGGGCCACGGUGACUGUGAGGGCUGGCUGUGGAAGAAGAAGGACGCUAAAGGCUACUUCACCCAGAAAUGGAGGAAGUACUGGUUUAUCCUCAAAGAGUCCUGUCUCUACUGGUACACCAACCAAAACGAUGAGAAGGCUGAGGGCUUCAUCAGCCUCCCCGAGUUCAGAAUAGACCGAGCCAUAGAGUGCAGACGGAAAUUUGCCUUCAAAGCCUGUCAUCCCAAAAUCAAGAGCUUCUUCUUCGCCACAGAUUGUCUUGAGGAAAUGAACAGGUGGAUGAACCGGCUGGGGCUGGCUGCUAUUGGCUACACACCAGAUGACAAGGUGCCACGCCCUGAUGAAGACUACUGGAGUGAGAGCGAUCAAGACGAGGUGGAUGGCUCGAUGACGCUCAAACAGGAGGGACCCUCAUCCCUCUGUGAUACUUAUCACCGCACGCCAUCAGUCAACUCCUCAAGCCCCUUCCCGGAGCCCAAGCACGGCCGACACUUCUCCAGCGAGUCCACGCACUCCCACUCCUCGGCCGAGGACCAGCGCGGAGAUGGCAUGGGCAUGGGCACGGGCACAGGAAGCACCAGCACCCACUCAUCCGGCUGCCGCUCGUCCCAUCGCGAGAGGCGCUCCUGGCAAGACCUCAUUGAGACGCCUCUGACCAGCGCGGGGCUGCACUUCCUCCAGACAGCGCCGGGGGAGAACGAAUACGGGGGCAUGAUGGGGAGCAUGGCCGGGGAGAUGGGGAUGUACGGAGGGCUGGGCAGACAGGGCAUGUCCCCGGAGAGACGCAGGCAGGCCACGUUGCCCGUACGGAGACACCAUGCCGCUGAGAGGGACAGGGAGCGGGACGGGCCCUUCCCUCUGGAGCGAGGGCCACACACACACAGCCACACACACCGACGCUCUCACAAGCAGCGCAGCCAGAGUCUGCCCAGGAACAGGGACCCCAUGCCAGGAAAGCUGUUACACACCUCGGCUCAUAUGGAGGAGAGGAGCGAGGACGAGGAGGCGGAGGGGCAGGCUGCAGAUAUACUCGAGGGUGAGGAGGCAGUGAAUCUGACUCUUACCGGCCCUCUCCUGGGUGUCUCAGACCUGCGGGAGUUGAGAGUAGAGAGCAGAGAGAGGAGGGUGUCGGAGGGAAGGGAGCGGCGGGUGUCAGAGGGCCGUGAGCCGGAGCCAUUGGACGGACUAGAGCAGCUGUACCGGGCCCUGGAGCAGGCCAGCGUGACGGCCAUGGGAGACCCGAGACCCUGUAGCAGGCAGGAGUUCCGACGUUGUUUCACGCAGAGAGCCAGGGACCCUCUGCUCAACGACCGGCUGCACCGGGUCCGAGCCCUCCGCAGCACCUUGAAGGCCAAAGAGUCGGAGCUGGCGGUAAUCUGUGCCCUCCUGGAGGACCCUGGCCUGUGCUCCCAGACCUUCAGAGAGUGGAAGCAGUGGCACAGUGAGCUCUACACAGACAUCUGCCAGCUCAGCCCCGGCACCAACGGCCAGGACGACCUCUCCCCGCUGGCUGCGCCUCUCAUGACCCACACACACUCUUUCAUUGAGACACACGUGUGAGAAAGACUGAACUGAUACACACACAAACACACACACACACACACACACACACACACACACUCACUCACACAAACACACAGAGCUUUACAUUAGCUGAGUCCUCUCUUCUCUCCUGAUCACGACUCUGAGCACGCACUCACACAAACACACACACACACACACACACAUUGUAAGAUGUGUAAAUAUCAUAGAGGGAACAGUCUGAGACCUGCGUGUAUGAACUUUUGAUAAUCCUGAGGACCCCACAGGGUGCCUAUUGCAUGCCUGAACAGAAAGCAUUAAUCUUCCUUUGUCUAUGGAACUCAGCAUAAACUCCACACGCUUGUCGAGCAAAAUGGGAAAAAAAGGAGACUUUUUAACACGUUCGUUCCUUUGUAUUCUCUUGGUUUUGCUAUUUUUUAUUUGUUUCCUGUUGAUUUUAAGGGGGCAGGGGGAGCUAUGUAGCAGCAAUACAGAGGAGAAUCCUUUUCACCACAGCACUGUACUUUUGUACUGAUGAACUUUGCACCCAGAGCCACCAGUUCUCCCCCUUUCUCUCUAUUUUUUUUUUCUCUCACUUCAUAUCUCGCUGAUUUACAGGGACCUCACAUGUUAUUCCAGGCUGAUCUGACGGGACAGUGUGGGAAAAGCAAGGGUUUUGGUAUAAGACUGUGAAAGGUAGCCAUCAAUGCUGGUUUAUCUGGUGAAAACUAGCACCAGGAGCAUUGAGGAACUGGCUAGUUGCACACUAUUUCAAACUGUGAACUGUUAAAAAAAAAAUGUUAUCUGCAGAAGGAGGCUCCUCUGAUUGAGUGCAAUUCUACGAUUCAGUUUGCAUUCUCUCUCCCUCUCUUCCUUUCUUUCCUCUCUGUGUUUCUGUCCAUCUCCUCCUUCUCUUUUCUUAAUUUUUUUUUAAUUUCCUCUCUCUCUCUAGUCGUCAAAGACUUGUGUAUAUGUGUAUACUGCUGUGUAUACUGAUGUAAAUGUUUGCGUUCCACUACCACUGUGAUAUGCUUCUAGAGGUAGCGGAGGGAAGACAGAGAGUAUGUAUUUGCGUGGGUGCAAAACGAUUUUUCUUUUUCUUUUUUCUUAAACAGCGAAUGCAAGAGCUAGAGAGUUCUUUUCAAAGGAUCCACUCACUACAAAGAAUGCACUUUCUAUAUCUCUAUAUCUCAUUGGCUGCAUCACAGGGUCUAUGUCUCAUCGGCCUCUUUACCAUUGCUGUUCAAAAUAUCAGGUAAAAGCAUUUGCCGUCUCAUUUUCUAAAGAUUUGUGUACAGUCUACAAAUAUAUUUAAACAUAGAAGAAUAUAUAAAUCUAUUUACGUUUUGUGUCAUAGAUAUAAUGUAAAGUAUGAUGUAUUCUAUGCCAAGGUUUUGCAGUGUCCCCCUCUUCACUCUGUAGAUGCAGGGUGUUUAGCAGUUGAUAGGAGGCAGACGACGACAACCACCAUUGACAGUUGAUUGACAGUUUUUACAUCACGGCUGACCCUUCUCCUGGUGAUGUGUUGCAUGAGAAAAGUCCCAGGACUGAUUUGAUUGGACAGGGUAAAAUAUUGUGGAUCAUUUGUAUUCUUUUUUUCCUCCCCUUUUUUUAUCUUCCUCUCAUGAUUGCAAGAUAAUUAGACUUGUAGCGCAUGAUACAUGCAAAAAGUACUGUUGAAGAAUGACCUUUUAUUUGUAUGUUCAUAGAUUUGAAUUCUUCUUUUCAUUAGAUAGUGUUUGAAGACACACACUGUACAAUAACUGAGGCUGGCAAUUGUUUUGCUCCUCGGUUACUCGAUCUAAUGCAGAUCCUCCUUUAGCAUCCCAGCAGGAGGUUUCAAUUUGAUGUUUUGGGUUUACAUAGACUGACACGUAUCCAAAGGCUUCAGGAAUCUUACCUGAGAGACGACAGUACAGUUACUUCUAAAAGCUAUUUUUGACAUUCCCUCCAAGCAUAUGGUUGAUACUGGGUGGUCAAAGACCUCCACACUAAACGGUCUGUAAUGUCUGUGAGACCCGGAUGAAUCAUUUCAUCUGCAAUAUCAGGCCAAGGACUCAACGGUGCCCCCCAGUGUCAAAGACUCAGAGAGACAUGCGUAGCACCUGCUGCAUCCAGCACUAUCUGUACUUAUUCUUCAUAUUUUACUGUAGUUCUUUGCGUGUAGGUUCAGGUUUUUUCAUCAUGUCACACACACACGUUGUGAAAUAUCAAACACACCCCCAGAGAUACAGCUCAUGUUUUUUGAACGGUUAAUUUGAGAGUACCACAAAGAAACUAAAUGAUGCAAGCACUUUCCCUGUGCCUCCCAACCCUCUCUUUGGCAACGAUGGACUGACUAUACUGGCGAUCCUACACACACACACACAGCUGCCGACGAGUGGCAAUACAGUUUUAGUCUGCAGACCUCUCUCCGUUUCUCGUCUGUGGUGGUCUCCUUUUUCCACCAGGCAACACACGCUGCAGAUUAAGAAAUGCGAGUUAUGAUUUGCAGACACAGACUGUGUUAUCCCUCCCAGAUCUUUGUGUGUGUGUGUGUGUGUGUGUGUAGACCUGCAGAAACAGGCCGAAAAGGGAGAUUCCACUGUGUGUUCUUUCAGGGGUGUACACCUCAUGGUACAUUGCACAGGUGUGUAAGAUGUAAGUUGCACUGCGACAUUAAAAAAAGGAACAUAUUGCUCUUUUUCAAGGAUAAUAUUAGCUUACUGUUAUUCUGUACAUUAAACUGACUAAAGAUGAUAUUAAAAAAGAAAGAAAAUGACAUUUAUUCUUCCUAAAGUAGCCUUUUUUGGUUUCAUAUAUAUGAAUAUAUAUUACAAAAAAUACAGAUUGUAAACUUAAGUUGUUAAACUUUGACUUCAAUAAACUGAAUCCUCUGCACUAUGA